AUGAGAGUGACUGUCUCCCCCGAAUCGACGAUCCUGUCGCCAGCACCGACGGAUUCAACGCCGAGCGCCCGUGAAUCUCUCCUGCCCAGCCGAAAGGUGUCCGAUGCGUCCACGAGCAGGGCGUCCAAGUCUUCGGCUGAGGUGACAAGCCCGCCGGCGCUGGGGAAGAGACGCCGCAUCACGGCCAAGGCGCACCUGGCGCCAUCCCCAGACUCUAGCGACAUCGUAUUGAGCAUCCGCGAUCUGCCCGCUUGGACAAUCGGCUUCCCACCUCACCGUCGAGUCAAGGAGGCCCUGCGAGUAUCGCUAUCGUGCGGCGGGAUUGAAGUUGAGUCGGAGAAGGACAUAGACGGGCUGAGGCACGACAGCGGCUUGGACUUUGGCAAGGACCCACGCCUGUCGGAUCUCAUGCCGGCAAGAGGAUGCCACUUCACGUUCAACUUCUGUGCAGCACACGAGCUGCGGGAAGAGCAGCGUAUAGCGCGGCAGAACGACCCCGAGCGGAUCCGGAAACAGCGGCUGCUGAUGCGGUUGAAUCCGAUGAAGCAGACCGAGACCUUCAACGCGCUGACGAUCAUGAGCCGCGAGGGCCUCCCCGAUGGCUUCGGCGGCGUGUAUACGAGACAGGAUCUCGAGUACAUCCGCGACAAACUGAUCAAGUUUGCGCCGCUCGAGUGGAGAACGCAGGAGUGGUAUCGCGACGGCUUGAGGGAGAUGGGCAUUGAUCCCGAUGCCAGCGCCGCCAAGCCACUAGAGACAAACGAACACAGCCCCGCCGUAUCCAGUCGCCGUGACAGCGACAACACCAGCAGUCAAGCACAUCAUGACGACAGGGGUGAAGGCCUCAAACCCCGACCAGCCAUCAGCACGCGCCUGACUUCCUGA